GAGAACCAUGACCCCAAAGCCUGACUUCCGUUUCCGGGGUGGCAACGCGGCUUCCGGCGGCGUGCCCAGAGCACGCUGUCCCCGCAGGUGCGGCGGCCGGAAGGGUCUGUGCCUGCAGCCGGGACUGUUAGGCCUUUUAGAAACAUUUCCAUCAUGUCUGACACUCAAGAAGCUACCAACCAACUCCUGGAUAUGAACCUUCAUGAGAACGAGAAGUCUGUGCCCUUGAUGGAAGGUGACUUCAGAAGUGAGCCUGAGCAUCUCCAGGUCACUAUUGGAGCCACUGUUCCUACUGGCUUUGAGCAAACAGCUGCAGAUGAAGUGAGAGAGAAACUGAAGUCGUCAUGCAGAAUCAGCAAAGACCGGGGCAAGAUAUAUUUUGACAUUGCAGUGGAAAGUCUGGCUCAGGUUCAUUGUCUAAGAUCAGUUGAUAACUUGUUUGUGGUUGUUCAGGAGUUUAAAGAUUACCAGUUCAAAAAUACAAAGGAAGAAGUUCUAAAGGACUUUGAAGAAUUGGCUGGAAAGUUGCCAUGGUCUGACCCUUUAAAAGUCUGGCAAAUUAACACCAGUUUUAAGAAGAAGAAAGCAAAGCGCAAAAAAGCAAAUCAGAGUGCAGGUAAAGAGAAGGACGACUGUGGACAAGGAGACAAAGCAGAAGAGAAAGGCAGUAAAAGGGUGCUUGGCAGCAGCACUUUAGAAUCACAUAUCCUGGACUAUUAUGAAAAUCCAGCCAUCAAAGAAGAAGUCUCAACCUUAGUGGGUGAUGUCUUGGCAUCUUGCAAAGAUGAGACUGGUGAAAGCUUAAGAGAAGAAACUGAACCACAAGUACAGAAGUUUAGAGUCACCUGCAAUAGAGCAGGAGAGAAACAUUGCUUUACCUCAAAUGAGGCUGCAAGGGAUUUUGGGGGUUCUGUUCAAGAGUAUUUUAAGUGGAAGGCUGAUAUGACCAACUUUGAUGUAGAGGUUCUCUUGAACAUUCAUGAUAAUGAAGUUAUUGUUGGCAUUGCAUUGACAGAGGAGAGUCUCCAUCGCAGAAAUAUUACACAUUUUGGACCUACAACUCUUAGAUCAACUCUUGCCUAUGGGAUGCUCAGGCUCUGUGAACCUAAACCUACUGAUGUAAUAGUGGAUCCAAUGUGUGGAACAGGGGCAAUACCAAUAGAGGGGGCUACUGAGUGGUCUCACUGUUACCAUAUUGCUGGGGACAACAACCCCUUGGCAGUGAACAGAGCAGCAAAUAACAUCUCAUCUCUAUUGACUAAGAGCCAGAUUAAGGAUGGAAAAACAUCCUGGGGGUUGCCCAUUGAUGCUGUUCAGUGGGAUAUCUGCAACCUCCCACUGAGAACUGCUUCUGUGGACAUUAUUGUAACAGAUAUGCCUUUUGGAAAAAGGAUGGGCUCCAAGAAGAGAAACUGGAAUUUAUAUCCAGCUUGCCUUCGGGAAAUGAGCCGUGUCUGUAGACCAGGGACUGGCAGAGCUGUACUGCUUACUCAAGACAAGAAAUGUUUUGCCAAGGCAUUAUCUGGAAUGGGACAUGUGUGGCGUAAGGUUCAUACAGUCUGGGUAAACAUCGGAGGCCUUCAUGCUGCAGUUUAUCUUCUAAAACGCACGCCUCAAGUCUUUGUUCAUCCUUCAGAACAAGAAGGAGGAAGACACCCUCCUUGGUAAAGCAAAGAAUGAAAAGAACUAUAGUAUUUGUAGUUGCUAACCAACACUGGACAUGCCAGCAUGAAGAACUUGCUUUGGGAGAAAAAUAGCAGAAAAGUAACUUAGUAUUGCAGUCUACACUGCUGACUACUCCAGAACGCUUUAUUGUUAGCAAGGUGACUGGUGGUAUUUCUUCAGAAGCUUACAUUGCUUGGCUUCUAGGUUUGAGAACAUUGUAGGCCAUGUUCUAUCACUGUUCUGUAGCCUAAGUUCUUUCCAUCACCCACAGAAACCAAAGCAUCCCUUUAAGACCUAUAGCUUACCAUCUGCCUUAAAAUAAAUACACACCAAAACAGAGCAAAAAUGCUUUGUGUGACCAUUAGUAAUAGGACAUUACUAAGUGUAGAAGCGUCAGUAGAUGAGGUAUGGGACCAACAAGCCAAAUUAAAGGAAUUUUUUUCAGUAUGUGUUACUUUUCAAAGCCCAAUAAACAAAUACUAAAAAAAAAAGUGCUGUCUUUGUGGGGAGCAAAUACAUUUUUAAAAGAAACCCUGACCUGGGAGGCCUGCUAUUCUAGUCUAGCUCAGUCGUUCUCCAGCUGUACUGAAUCCUUCCUCAGUACUAUGGGAAAUGAAAUAACCUCAGUACUCAUCAGUCCCUUAAUAGUGCUUCCUAAAGAAAGCCCUGAUCGAGCUUUGAUGGAAGUUAUUUUGUAGUCUGGCUUCAUUCAGCUUAGAUAUUCAGUGAUGUUUCUAUUUAGAAUAAAGGACACAGUACUUCCUUUCUUUGAAAACAGAAUCCACAUUGACAGUAUAGUCAGUAGCCUGUUGGCUUCUUGUAACUACUCACUGGAAAAUGAACUAGGAUUAGGAAAUUUGUAAAGGUUUUAUAUCCUAGAUGGGCAUUUUUGCAGUUGUCAAAAUACAUUAAUGAUUGAACAUAAAAUUUCCACUGUUGAUAAAACCAUUUGUUAUCUCAAAGCUGGUCAGAACCAGGAUGUACAAGGAUAGUUGUCUGUUUUUAAUCACAAUUUACCAAGUCCUGACAGUGAUUAUUUGCUAGUGAGCAUUUAAUAUAUCCUGAACAAACUAUUACUUUUUAAUGCUAAGUUCUCAAGCUAAUACACCAGGUUUUUGCUUGCUUCCUCACAGAUUUAAUUCUACUAUGUAUAUGAAAAAAAAAUCAGAGUUAAGACACUGAAAAUAAAAUGGGCACUAUGUCAUCUUCA